AGAUCCAUGGCCUCUUGGCUAGUGGCUAGCUCUCGAUUGAGUCUCGAUCAACUGCUGCUAACACACUCACAGAGCUGAGACAACGACGAUGACUUAUCGAGGAAGAAAAAGGCUGUUUUGAUCGUGGGGUGUCGCAUUAUAGGCUAAUCAACCAAAUUAAUAAUUUUAGAGUUUUUGCUGUCUCUGAAUAUGUUGUUCAGCGCUAAUUUCUUUGGAAGCCAAUUUCUUUCUCCGCAAUUUUCAAGUUCCACUGAAUGACUGAUACCCUUUGCUUUGCCUUGCCGAUAUUGAUGUCACAAACACCAGAGACGACACAACUGACAACUAGAAUCUAGAUCUAGAUAUCUAGAAUCUAGAUCAGAUCUAAUCUACAGUUAAAUUCUAGGCCUACAACACGGUACACCACCAGCCUUUUAUUUUCAUCCACCUCACACAUAUUGUUUGGCUACGUUUGUCACUUGUGUGGGAGGCUUACCAACUUGGCUGUCGCUGUCAUCACUUCUUCUGUACUCUGUCUGAGUGUACUGUAGAUGGAGACUGCUCAUGAGGGCAAGAAAAUGAACAAGCUGUUCGCGGAGGUGUUAGCAAAGAAGGAUCUGUCUAAAGCUGGAGAACUAUUCUCACUGAGUGAUGAUUUGAUCGAGAAGGAUCUGGAAAAAAUUGUUGAAGAAAUCAUCGUAAUUGCGGAUUCUGAUGAGUAUGAGAAAAGUGACAAUGACCAAAGUGUGGUGGAGAUCUGCAUUACCCGCAUAACCACAGCAAUCAGAGAGACAGAAAAUAUCUGCAAACAUGCUGAGCCACUUGUCCGUCUGUUGUCGGUGUGCCACAAACAUAACUUGUCUCAAGUGGCCAAAGAUGAGGAUCCUCCACACGCCAAAAUUGCAUCAGACAUCAUGAGUCGUCUGUUCACGUACUACAGCAACAAACAUGUGAUGACGCUGACCAUCCCAGCAGUGGUCCAGUUCCUGGACUGUGACAACAAAGACCUGGUACGCAGCGUGGCCAGUUAUCUCUCCCUGGCCACCAUUGACAACGCUGAUCUCCUGGCACAUCACAUGACCCUAGUACUCUCCACUGUCUUGAAAGGAAACUACCUACUUGGCCAGGUGCUGCCCCAGAUCUACGACCAGAACCCGGGCCCUGUGCUGGAGAGAGUGGAGGAGCUGGCUGAGCUGUUAGAACGUUGUGACACCACAGAGAAAGUCUGCUUUGUACAGCUCUUUAGUAAGGUGGCCAAGACUCACCCUAAGCUUCUGGAACCCUAUGUACCUCAGCUGUGCUCCUACCUGCCUUCCUCGCUUCUCUCCUCCAUGGUGCUCAUGAUCCUGGUGGACUUGGCCCUGGCCCAGCCGGCCAGUGUGGGGGGCCAAGUGGCCCAGGUGCAGGCCGUGGUUGGCACUCAGCCCAUGCUCAUGUAUCAGGUGGCCCUAAUCACAGGAGCUGUCGGCACUCUCAGCCAGGAAGAAGGCAGAAAGUCCAUGGAGUAUCUGGUGUCUCGACUCUCCGGUAUGGAUCAAUCCAUCCUUCCAUCUGUACUGCAAGAGAUUCGUGGAUUAGGCCAGGCUCAUCCGGCCCUGCUGGCCGAGUAUGUGGAUCAGAUCUCUCGUCUGUCCACCUCUGGGUCCAGCGCUGUACGUCUUAUGGUGCAACAGAUCAGGGAGGACGUGAGGAAAAACAGCAACUCUCCUUCAAGUCCUAGUGUGGUCCAGGAGGAAAGUCCGCCCCGCCACAAGUCUCCCUCACCCUUCGCCCGCUCAGAGGAGGAGGAAGCUGCAGGGGUCAGCACGGAGCAGGCACCGGCCAAACAGACACGAUCAGUGUCCAGCCAGACGGAGGGCACAGUGACCAUCAUCACCGUGGGCAACCCACCCAAUGCCACCCACCCUAGCGGUACUGUGUCGGUCAAGAGCACGGCUUUGGCCCCUAGUGGUGGCUCCAGUCAGCAGAGCUUGGUCAAGUUGUCCCAUCUGUCCUCUGACCAGGCCUAUGGCGGGGCUCAGGAAGUGACCUCUCAUACCACUAUCGGCACGUCUACCGACCUCUCACCACAGGGCCAGACUGUUCGAGAUGGUGUGCAGUUAUUCUGUGAGAAGCAUUUUGCUAAGAUCAAGAACUUUAUCAGCAAACUCAAUGCUACCAUACCCCUGCCUGCCAAGUGCAGUGUAGUCAAUGGUAAGCACAAACGUUAUCUCAAGCUUCACUUUGAGUGUGGCCACCAGUCGGACCAGUGUCUCUACAGCGGCUCCCACUUCACCCUCAACACCCGCCUGCCCAAACUCUGGCUACACCUCAUGUUCCUGUCUGUGCAGGCUCAGUCUCGUUUUGCCUUGAGCCAGAGGGAUUCAAAUGUGAGCUCUCUCAAGACUUGCUGGGACGCCUUGAAAGGGGAGACAACCAGUAACUUUCUCACACUGGUUACUUCGUCCUUCCCCACACAGAAGGACCAGCUUGGCCUCCUACAGGAGCUCCAUCAGAUGCGUUACUUUGACGUGUUUGAGCUGAAUGCGGCUGUGGCACAUUGGGCCUGCUUCCUGUGUAACCACCCAGAAAAACUCUCAGAGCUGCUCAACGAUGGAUACCCAGAAAUUGCUGGUCAGCUGAAAGAGAAGAAAGGCAAGUGGAAGUUUUUCAAACGCUGGAAAACACGUUACUUCACACUGUCUGGAGGAUCCAUCACGUAUGACAAAAGCAACGCAACAAAAGCAUCUCUCCCUGUGACAAAAAUCCAGAGUGUUAAAGCGAUCCGCAAAGGCAUCCGGGACAUCCCCAAGGCCUUUGAGAUCUUCACCGAGGACCAAACAUACAUGUUCAAGGCCAAAGGUCACCACAAUGUGGAGCAGUGGGUGCAGUGUCUUCACAUCGCUGUGGCCCGCUCACAGAUAGGGGGGUCUACAUCUUCCAGUCUGAUGGGCGGAGCUUCUCCAUUCACUGUGGAGGAAGGCGAAGGUGACUCUCAUCACGCUGGUGGCAAGUCCUGUCUCGUGGGGCGGCCGGAGGGUGCAGCAAAUAAUGGUGCUGGGGUGUGGGGGACAAAGGUCAAGCACAGUCGGGGUGCGUCUUUUUCGGCCGGUGGUGGGGUCAGCAGUAGCAGGAUGGUGGCCCACCCAGGUCUGUUUGAGCCGCAGCAUUCCCACCACGGUCUGGGCGGGAAGGACACCAGAAAAAUUGUCACUGAUACAAAACUGUGAGACGGUGGGGAACGAUGAGUGUCCUGUGCGUGAUCCUGACAACAUUUUGUAAGCACUUGGGGGGAAAAAAAAUCCCUUUGAUGUUCUACUGAGGUAAAGGGAAGUUAUAAAAUACUUGUUUCCAUUGCAAAAUAUCUCAAAAUUUCAACUGAAGUAAUGGGAAAAUAUAAAGUACUUUAUUUUAUCACAAAAUGUCAUCAGACACAAGACAUUUAUCCUGGCCAUUUCCCUUGAUUUAUUAGAACAGUGAAACAGACCAAAUUUUUUUUAAAUUCCGUACUUCAUAACUUUAUCUUGUAGAAAAAGUUUUCAAGGUCAUGCACAGAGCCUUGAAGCUGUUGAUUUUGUUCUUGUUUUGAACUGACUCUUUCAACCAUUCCAUGAAAUUUUUUGUAUAUUUGAUCAUAUUUAAGCUUAAUUUAAUCUUAUUACCUAAACUGCAUAGAAAGCACUUCAAUUUUAAUGCACUCUCUUCAUACGAAGUUCAUAACUUGAUUGUUCAAUUUGUACCACGUUCAUGGCUUGAUUUGUUUAAUUUGUGCUAUGUUCGUGGUUUGAUUUGUUUAGUAACAACUAUGGUUGUUUUUUUAAAUUUCAAAUCAUGGUGUGAGCUGAGAGAUUUUGACUUUACUCGAAAUAUGCCUCAAAUUUGACUCUUCUCCCGACUAUACUCUGUUACCCUUGCCUUUUUCUCAACCUUGAUUUUACUUAAGAGCAGAACAUUGAUUUGGAACUCCUUCCCAGUCAUAAUUGAGAUAAAAGCACUACUCAAGUGGUGCGGUGAGCGUGUGAUUAGUGGCAGUAACUGUCUUACCUACCCCUUUUCACCUGAAUGUUACAGGAAAUAGUUGUCCCUUUAACUCUCUGGACUUGCUCAAAGUUAAAGUAAACAAAACUGAGCGCAUUUCACGUUAUUUCUGAGAGAUGUGUUACUUGAUUUUAUAUCGGGGACUGAGGCUGCUUCUAUGAGUGAAAAUAUUACUUUCUUAUUUGAAUAUAUUAUGUGAACUAUCAUUUAGGUCAGACAUUGUUUAACACUUUACGGUCACUUGGUGCAAUAAUGCAAUGGUGAAAAAUAGCCGUUCCGGUUACUUGGUGCAAACUGGCUAGAGAAGUUUGUUGAAGUCACUCUCCUGGCAGAGUGACCAGAUGGGGUAUUUUAUACUGCUGGCUGUGUGACUGCAAAGUUUUAAGUGAGAGGUUACUUGGUUCUGGUUAUAUAUAUGGGAACUGGUACUGGGACCUUACAUUUUUUAUGUGAAAGAGAUUUGUGAUUGAAAGUGCUCAUUUGGUCCUAGCAGACUUAGUCUCAUACCUCCAACUGUCUUACCUACCCCUUAAUUAUUGAUUUUUUUCCUUGAAUUUUGACUUUAUAUCUACUGCUCACUAUAAGACUCCAACAUUUGUCCCUUUUAAAAAUGACGUAUGACAGAGUCUUACUCUGAGCUGUAGAUAUGUAUAAUCUAUAAUAAUCAUUUUGUAAAACAUCUAAAAUCCUCUACAUGUGCCUGAUGACAUUUUUACGGAUUUAAAACAGCAGACACAUUCAACAUCUUACACAAAAAGUCUUUUCAUUGCUUGAAAUUAUUUGCUUAUUUUCUAAAGAAUGUUCUUCACUUCUAAUCGAGAUGAAAUCAAAGUUUUUGAACUUUCAAAAGCUUUCUUUUUUCUAUUUUUACCUUGCUUUGAUCCCUUUGAUAUUAAAGAGUUUUAUUUCUUGCUGUUUUAAGAAAUAAUAUAUCCCAGUGAAAUCUCUUUCCUGAAUCAAUGAGGGUACAGAGGAACUUGUGAAGUCCACUGUUCAUGCACCUCUCCUUUAUUAAAAUAUGCUCAUGUAGGUCAAAAUUAGAUCUGCAGAAUCUACUUCUACUCUUUAGAUUACUUUCUAAAUAAAUAUGUGUUACGACGUGGUGGAAUCAGGCGCUCGUCAAUUUUUGGGCAUAUUGAGUUAUUGGUACCAUUAUAAAGCUUGUUCAUUUGUCUUGCUUGUGAUAAAAGAAGUACCGAUCUAUCUUGAAAACUAGUCGAGACAUUUGCUAUUGAAGAAGGUGGGGGUUGCCUGAUUUCAGAGGUAAAAUUAGCGAGCAAUGGCUGCUAAAGUCUGGUGUCUUAUAUAGGUUGAGAGACCUUGGAAUGAAAUAAUUUAUAUUUUUGUACCUUUUAUCAACUUUUUUCGUUGAAAUCUUCACAGAAAUGUAUUUUUCAACAGAUGUAAAAGGUGUUGAACAAAAAAACAAUUUGAAAAAAAAAAAUUGCGAAGCCUGCGGAAAAAUUCUGAUUUCUCUGAUUUCAUCUGAGAUGAGUUAUGCCACUCUGUAACAAUAAAAUUUUAAUGUUUAUUUA